ACUGAUUCGAUCUAGAGAGUGAAGAUAAUGGGUGGCCUUCUCGUCUCAGUGGCAUUGCUGCUGCCCUUCGCCUUCUACUAUGUUCUGUGGACGUAUCCUCAGUUGUGGGUGGACUUCUGCGGGAAGGACACCGACCCAUCUCACAAGAUGGCCCAAAUCUCUCAUAUACUUAAGGCCGUUCAGUUUAUUGCCCUCUUCUCGGUUGCCCGCCUCUCAUGGCCGCCUUGGUACUGCUUAGUACUCUUCAUUAUCGGCCAGUUCCUGAACGUUAGGGUUUAUCAGUUGCUUGGGGAAUCUGGUACUUACUAUGGUGUACGUUUUGGGAAGAAUAUACCCUGGGUGACAGAAUUCCCUUUCGGAUACAUAAAGGACCCUCAGUACGUGGGGAGCAUACUCUCUAUUGUAGCGGCUAUCUGUUGGGUUCCUGUUCAAUACGUACUUGUGUGGGUACUAGGAUAUGUCUUUAUGAUGAUGCUUGAAUCAAAGGAAAACCCAUCCACACGUGCUAAACCUUUGCAUUCAUCUGGUUGAUUGUACUUUUGGCCUUUAAGUUUUUAUAUUUUUGCAGCAUGAUGAUCUUAGUGCUUUCAUCAUUCUCAUGUUUCUGUAGAACCAAUCCUUGUUAACGGUUCUAGCAAGAGAAAUUUUGUUAACCCCCAUUGUAACUGCUCCGUGGUCACCAGUUAUGCAUGAAACGCUUCAGUUGCUUACUCUUA